GUCCCUGAUAGCUUAGCCAUUUCCAGGGCUCAAGCAUCGUGUUAUCCGCCAUUCUCCAACAACGAGUGUUAAUGACUAGUGACUAGUCGAGUAUCUGAAAUGCUCAAUUAAAUUGCAUAAUAGCUCCAAGAUGAUGGCCACCCGCCGAACGCAUCAGAAAUCGCGCCACGGAUGCACCAGCUGCAAACAGCGCCGAGUCAAGUGCGAUGAGAAACGACCGGUCUGCACGCGAUGUCGCCAGCGCCAGGAGACCUGCGUGUUCAACACGCCCGCCCCUUUGAUCUUCGUCCCACAGUCGAGGCCUCCGUCGGGGCCUCCAUCGGGUCCUCCAUCCAUGAGGUCAUCAUCAACACCCCCCCAUUCGUCUCUAAACGGGACUCUCCCCAGCUUAAACGCCACCACCCCCACAACAUCAUCAACAAGCGCCCCCACGAUAUUACACAUGGACCAGCUGGAGCUGGAGAUGCAGUGGCUCAUGCACACGCACAAGCUGUUUGCUCGCGACGAGGAGACCCGCCGGAUCUGGGAGGUGCUGGUGCUACAAGAGGCCCUUCGGGCCCCGUUCCUCAUGCACGGCGUCCUGGCCCUAUCGGCGCUACAUUUGGCCUCCCAGCCUGGGGAGAAGCGGCGGGACAAAUGGCUGGCGAUGGCGAUCUCGCACAAGAGCACCGCCUUGGCCCUGUUCACUGACCAGUUGGCGGGCUUGACAGCAGAAACGACAGCAGAGGGUCCCCCGGAAGUGCAGGUGAACCCCGAAGCGAUGAUGAGCUUCGCCGGGAUCGUGGUGGCCUUCAGCUUCGCCAGUGCGAUCACCGCCCCCGCCGACGAGGGUCCCAGCCUGUCGGGCCUGGUGGACAUCUUCACUUUGGCCCGAGGGAUCGGCGCCAUUUUCGUCUCCAAGGCGGACCAGCUGCGGACCGGCUCGUUUGGGCCUCUUUAUAACAUUCAUACUUCUUCAUCCGCCGUACCCGAUCACGUCCGUGUCGCGUUUGACCGACUCGGACAGCUGAAUGUCUGCUGCAACCAGCAGGAACCGGAUCUCGUCUCCCUCUACGAAAAGGUCAUCACCACUCUGCGUGAUCUCGCCUCCUUUGCGUACCUACAUCCCAGCAGUCUGACGCUCGUCGGCGGCUGGGCCAUCCGUGUCCCAGAAGGCUAUUUCGACGAGCUGAUACUCCACCGUCCGCUGGCCCUGGUCGUGCUGGCUCAUUACUGUGUCUAUCUCGAUCUGGCGCGCGAUAACUGGUGUAUUGGGCCCUGGGGAGGGAUCGUCAUUACGGAGAUCUCGACUCUUUUGACUCCAGAGUGGUUGGUUUAUGUUCAGUGGGCGCGGGACCAAAUAUACCGGAUAAGCAGUUAAAUACACUCUUUUAUGACAACUUGUCAUAUCAGCUCUGAAUAUACUUACUAUAGUCCAGGAGACAUACCUGGCUUAAUCAUGGCUCUCAGCACAAUUCUCAACAGGUUGUUUCUGAUGAAGAAACAUACUAUCAUACUUGGAGACAAAGGAGCUGCAGAAAGAUAUAUACAUAGUAUUAAGAUUUAGAUUAAUAUUAGACCUCUUACCAGUAAGGGCAAUGUGAUGCAC